GACGCUGAUCUUCAUUCGUACAAUGAUCAACAAGAUUUUAAUUGGUGGCUCUGAUUUUUUACUUUUAAUCUGGCUUGGAGAUACUUUAAAUUUUUUUUGCUACAUUUAAAAAGGGCAGAAUCUUAAAGAGAGAAAAAUAACUGGGGAGAGAAGAUACUCAGAGAAAAAGCAGAGGCUUCCCUGGACUCAAGCUGUCCACUUAAAGGAACUGUGACUUAUGCAGGGGACCUUAUCAUUGUAAGUAGCAUAGUUUUGCUUGCUUGACUGAAUACUUAAAAAAAAAAAAAUCCUCACUCUUCACAUGAGCAAGAUUUUCUGUUUCUUUGAUGACAGCUUAGAAAAUGACUGAAUAUUUUGUAACAUCCACUGAAGUGCAAAGUUUAUGAUUUUUGAUUUUGACCUGAGUGUCUGGCUAUGAGUAUGAACCAGAUAAUCCUCUUUGAAUAUUAUCAGCGUCCAGACGAUAUUUGCUUUUUUAAGAGAGAAGAAGCGUAACAACUUGUAAAUAGAGCACAGGUGGCAAAGCCCCUCUCAACCGUAUGACUCUCCACACGUCGGAUCAUUUUAAACGCCUGACAUUGAACACCUUCAUUAAAGGACUGAAUCUUCCAACCCCACAGAGAGCUGCCUUUCAGCUGGAAGAAGGGUGUGUCCCUGAGCUUUUACCUGGGAGCAAUGAUGAUCUUGUCAAGCAUUUCAGGGAGACCAGCCCAAGUUUUUAGGGUGGGGAUCUAGACUGGUUAUACGUAGCUUCAGUUCUUCUCCCAGAGAAGGCAGAAACACCUCAAAGCCUGCAUGUAGGAACAUCUACUGAGAAAUUAUUUUAAUCAGACACCACCUGAGCGGGGGAAAGAAAAGAAAAAGAACAGAGAAGAACAAACAAAACUCCCUCGGUCUUGGAUGUAAGGAACCCAGCUGCAAUGGACUGGCACUCUAUCAGAGCCGCGGUGCUGUUCAUUUUUCUGGUGGUGGUGGAAGUUAACAGUGAAUUUCGAAUCCAGGUAAGAGAUUACAACACCAAAAAUGGCACCGUCAAGUGGCAUUCAAUCAGGAGGCAAAAACGUGAAUGGAUCAAGUUUGCUGCAGCCUGUCGUGAAGGUGAAGACAAUUCAAAGAGGAACCCAAUUGCCAAAAUUCACUCAGAUUGUGCUGCAAACCAGCAAGUUACAUACCGCAUCUCCGGAGUAGGAAUUGAUCAGCCACCUUAUGGAAUCUUCGUCAUUAAUCAAAAAACUGGUGAAAUUAAUAUUACAUCCAUAGUUGAUCGAGAGGUCACCCCGUUUUUCAUUAUAUAUUGCCGGGCUCUGAAUUCACUGGGUCAAGAUUUAGAGAGGCCUCUUGAGCUCAGAGUCAGAGUUUUGGAUAUAAAUGACAACCCUCCAGUAUUUUCUAUGUCUACUUUUGUAGGACAAAUAGAAGAAAAUUCUAAUGCAAAUACGCUGGUGAUGAUACUCAAUGCUACUGAUGCAGAUGAACCUAAUAAUUUGAACUCAAAAAUAGCCUUCAAGAUCAUAAGACAGGAACCUUCUGAUUCACCAAUGUUUAUUAUUAACAGAAACACUGGAGAAAUUCGAACAAUGAAUAAUUUUCUAGACAGAGAGCAAUACAGCCAGUAUUCCCUUGCUGUGAGAGGCUCUGACCGAGAUGGUGGGGCAGACGGCAUGUCAGCAGAGUGUGAAUGCAACAUUAGAAUCCUCGAUGUUAAUGAUAACAUCCCAUACAUGGAACAGCCCUCCUAUUCCACUAGUAUUGAAGAAAAUGCCCUCCACUCAAAUUUGCUCCCGAUUAGAGUAAUCGAUUUGGAUGAAGAGUACUCAGCUAACUGGGUGGCAGUGAUUUUCUUUAUCUCCGGAAAUGAGGGAGGUUGGUUUGACAUAGAAAUGAAUGAAAGGACAAAUGUGGGAAUUUUAAAGGUUAUUAAGCCCCUAGAUUACGAAGCUAUGCAAACGAUGCAACUAAGUCUCGGUGUCAGAAAUAAAGCUGAAUUUCACUCUUCAAUUAUGUCUCAGUAUAAACUCACAGCAACAUCAGUCACUGUGGCUGUGUCAAACGUAAUUGAAGGUUCGGUGUUCCGCCCAGGUUCAAAGACAUAUGUGGUAACUAGUAACAUGGGACAGAAUUAUAAAGUGGGAGACUUUAUAGCCACUGAUCUGGACACAGGUAGUGCUUCAACAACUGUUAGAUAUGUAAUGGGAAAUAAUCCAGCUAACCUACUUGAUGUUGACUCAAAAACAGGCAUAAUUAUUUUGAGAAACAGAGUUACCUGGGAACAAUAUAACAUGCUUGGGGGAAAAUACCAAGGAACAAUUUUAUCUAUAGAUGAUAAUCUUCAAAGAACUUGUACUGGAACCAUUAAUAUUGACCUUCAAGGUUCUGGCUGGGCUGGAAAUGGAAAGGAUAUUAAUAGUGGUACCAAUUCCGGAACUAGUGGAGGCAGUGAGGGUACUAGUGGAGGCAGUGAGGGUACUAGUGGAGGCAGUGAGGGUACUAGUGGAGGCAGUGGGAGUACUGGUGGAAGUAGCACUGAAAAUAUGGAAGGAGGCGGUGAAACCAGUACUGAAACAGGUGACCAAACUUCCACUGAAUAUGGCACUGGGACCCAGGCAAUGGAUGGUGGUGAAGGUGUAGGAGCAAAUCUCUCAGAUAAUGUCCAUUUUGGUCCUGCCGGCAUUGGACUGCUCAUCAUGGGAUUCUUGGUCCUAGGACUGGUCCCAUUUUUGUUGAUGUGCUGUGAAUGUGGAGGUGCCCCUGGCGGGGGAGCUGGCUUUGAACCUGUCCCCGAAUGUUCAGAAGGAGCACUUCACACAUGGGCAGUAGAAGGCCCACAGUUGCCUCCUGACACUGUGUGUGUACCACCCAUCUCACCUCCUGGGGUAAAUCUAAUUGAAUGCAUUGACACUUCAGGGGUUUACACAAAUGAGUAUGGUGGCAGAGAAAUGCAAGAUCUGGGAGGAGGAGAAAGAACAACAGGAUUUGAACUAACAGAAGGAGUUAAAACUUCAGGAGUACCUGAGAUAUGUCAAGAAUAUUCUGGAACAUUAAGAAGAAAUUCUAUGAGAGAAUGUAGAGAAGGAGGUCUGAAUAUGAACUUCAUGGAAAGCUACUUCUGUCAGAAAGCAUAUGCUUAUGCAGAUGAAGAUGAAGGACGCCCAUCCAAUGACUGUUUGCUCAUAUAUGACAUUGAAGGUGUAGGUUCCCCUGCUGGCUCUGUGGGUUGUUGUAGCUUCAUUGGAGAAGACUUGGAUGACAGCUUUUUGGAUACACUGGGGCCUAAAUUUAAGAAGUUGGCAGAUAUCAGCCUAGGAAAAGAAGUUGAACCAUAUCCAGACCCUGAUCCUUCUUGGCCACCUGAAGGCACUGAACCGAUCUGCCCUCAGCAGGGAACAGACCCCAUCACUGGUGGACAUCCACCCAUCUCCCCACAUUUUGGCGCCACCACAGUCAUUUCUGAGAGUACCUACCCCUCUGGACCUGGUGUACAGCAUCCUAUGCCCAUUCCUGAUCCUCUGGGCUAUGGUAAUGUUACUGUGACCGAGUCUUACACCACCUCUGGCACUCUGAAGCCCUCUGUCCAUAUUCAUGAUAAUCGACAUGCAUCAAAUGUAGUGGUGACCGAGAGGGUGGUCGGCCCAAUCUCUGGCACUGAUUUGCAUGGAAUGUUGGAGAUGCCUGACUUGAGAGAUGGGUCAAACAUUAUAGUGACAGAAAGGGUAAUAGCACCAAGUUCAAGUCUACCCACCUCUUUGACCAUGCCUGAUCCUAGAGAGUCAUCAAAUGUGGUAGUGACAGAAAGAGUAAUCCGACCAGCUUCUGGCAUGAUGGGCAAUCUAAGUAUACACCCUGAGUUAUCAAAUGCCCAAAAUGUGAUUGUGACAGAGAGGGUUGUUUCUGGCUCUGGCAUAAGUGGAAUUAGUGGCCCAGCUGGGAUGACUGGAGGCAGUGGCCUGGUUGGCAGUGUAGCUGGAGGAAGUGGUGGUGGCAUUGGGUUGAGCAGCCUGGGAGGAGGUGGGGGCCUGAGUAGCAGCAUGGGGGGCACAGCCACCAUUGGCCACAUGAGGAGCUCCUCUGACCAUCACUUUAGCCAGACCCUUGGAUCUGCCUCCCCUAGUACUGCCCGAAGUCGAAUCACGAAGUACAGUACGGUACAAUAUACGAAGUAGCCAGGAUCCCAGCACACUUGUUCUCAGCUGUGGUGAUUCAGCUUCAACUCCCACCACAAAAAACCUUACAUUGUGAUUUAUGAUGCACAACUAGGUGCUACGUAACUGUGGAGUGAGGUGGGAAACCACAAUGAGAAAAUAUGUAAACAGUGCUGUUGGGCAAGAGCUCUCCCUAGCAUUUGUAAAUCUUUUUCUUACAUUAAUACUAAUGGAAUCACGACAAUGAACUAAAACUUGAGACAGGGUCUUUCCUGUGCCGGUACAGUGAUAGGAUCUUCUGUGUGGCCGGUCCUGUAUCUCCAGCACAUGGAAUAAAUUAAACUCAGUCAUGCAAAACAAAUGGCCUUGAGAUGGCUAUUGGCACAAUUCUCCUUGCCCUAUUUUGAUUGCCAUGUAGCUCAAGCAAUAUUCAAAAAGGACUAAAUAUGUAAUAUGAGCUCACGUAUUCAGGAAGAAUUCGAAAUGUGUGCCAAGCACCUGGUCAAUUUCACAGAUAAUAGAAAUAAAAAUCCAACCAUAUACUCAGACCAUGAUUAACAAUUAAAGAAAACAAAUCUGACUACACAGCUCACAAGCUCACAAGCCACCAAGCACUCCUACCCUAAUAAUUGUACCAGAGUAAAUAAACCUUAAAUUAGGAAAUGUUUCCUGGGAGGAAACUUCCAAAAGAGAAUGGUAAUAGGGUGAGAUUCAUUUGGGGGACAUUGACAAUGUCUGAUCCCAGAUCUUGAGAAGGGGUUUCAGCUAAAAUUCCCAUGGAGUCAGGGAGUUUUCUGAUUCUAGCUUGUGUUUAGUAAUAGAUGCAGUAUUUAUGAAUAUUGCAUACUGAUGAGGUUGCAGGAUAUCACACUUAUUUUUCCCAUUAUCACUGUGGCUGUGACCUAAUAGUAUGAAUUUGCCAGGUGUACUUCUCUGACUGAAGCAAGUAACACCUGACAUGGUUGUCAUCCCUAAUGGUAAAUUACCUUCCAAAGAAGCAGAUGGAAAUCACAUUGUAUUUCAGAUGUGUAUUCACUAAAUGUUACUCAUUUAUAUCCAGCUCUUUAUUAUACAUCUCUUAAGUUAAAAUAAUUUACUUAAGUUGAGCUGUGAAAAAAAGCCUGCAGUAUGGCUAAGCUUUGGGGGAAUUUUUUCUUAAGGGGAUCUAAAAAAAAGUUUCUAGAACAUGUAAAAUGUUUAAUGUGAAAAGUUAGAAUUAUUCUGUAAUGUAAUACCACAUUAUUAGUUUUAAUUGAGUUUAGUACUUUUCUAGACAAUGUUCUGCUACUAUUUUAAAGGGGUCAACUAAAAACUUUCAACAGUGUUGAUGAUAUUGUGUUGACCCAAUUGAAAUUGUGCUAGACCACCACAUAUCCUUACUCUCACUCCCUAACUAAAUUUUCUCACUAGAAUAAAUGUUACAUUCCUGAUUUGAUUUGCUUAUAAGCUCUUGGCUUAUAAAGUGCUCCAAUUGAUAAGACAGUUCCCAAAUUAUAUAGUAUGAUAUAUUUUUCUACCUUCAAAAUUUAAUAAUGUAUUAUUUAUGGUAUGUCAUUUCUAUGUGUUUGCUAUAUAGUAUUACCUGGUUUUAAAAAUCUCAGAAUCAAAGCAUUCUUAGACACGGGUAAGUUUACUCUAGCAAAGUAGAGGAAUUUUAUUCUCUUUUCUAAAUUCAGCGUUAAUAUUAGCUCAUGAAAGUGAAACUGGAUAUGACAAAAUCUUUCAAGGAUUAUUCCCUGCCAAUUACUCAAGUUUCCCAGGGUGUUACAAGAUCAAAGAAUAGUCUUUCAACUUCCAACACUUAUCAAAGGGGGCCAGGGAGUGAACUAAUUUAUUAGAGCUAUUUUGCUCUAUAUUAUAGCAGAUGACGUCAAUAUUUUCAAAGCCACAAUAUACAUCUUAUUUUAUGUCUGUAGACCAUGUGAAAUUUUGAUAGUCUGUAGCAUGCCAAAAUGUAGAGGUAUAAAUAAAGUCAUUCAGAGGAACUCUUUCUUUUAUUUCUUUCUCUCCCAUUUGGGGAGGGGGAUUCCAUUAAUGAUGGAUAAUCUUUCCAGAAAUAAAGUCAAAAGGUAUUUAUUGAAAUAUACUUGAGUAUGCUGGGCUCAAGAGUUUGAAGGAAUAAAAAUAAUUAUUGGUUAAUUAAUUAAUGGGAUGGUAUCUGACGAUAAGUAGCUUAUGUGCCACUUUGAUUUAUCAUCAGAAGUAUUCUUUAAAGACUCCUGAUAUCUUCCAAAAAAGUUUUUUAGGUUGUCUAAAAAAUGCCAGAUUUACCAUCUUUAAUAACUAUUAUUAUUAAGAUCCAUUAGUAAAAAACCAUGGAAGAUAUAAAAAGUGACAGUACUAGUUGCCAAUCCUUCUAGGAAGAUACUUUCAAAUAAAUUUUUUGUCAGGAUUACACACUGAUAUUCUAACCUUUAUUCUUAAAUUUUAAAAUUAUCUUUUUAAGAUACAAUUCUAACAAUCAUUUAAAGACAUGUCAUUUUUUCAAUAAACAACCUUUGGGCAGAAAUCAAUUCUUCACUGUAGAUCCUUUACUGCAACCCAUAGACCUUAGGUCAUUCUACAGAUCUAAGAUACAGAAAUUAUUUUAUAAGAAAAUAGUUAUAAUUCAAAUCUAUAUUGCAAGCUGUAUCUCAGAUCAACAUGCUCUUAGUAAAAGGGAGAAGGAAGAAAUAGUAAUUUAAAUAUUAUGUGUAUAUAGUUUGAAAAGAAAAGGGUAUUUAUAAAACAUCUGACUUUCUAAAGAGAUGGCCCUUAGGGUCAAAAAUUAGUGUAUCAUAAAUUCUUUAUAAUUUAAUAUUAACCAAAAUACCAUCUUGAGCUUAAUUUUGACAUUGAAUUCCAGAUACAUCUGCUACAUUUUAUUAGCCUUGAUGUAUAUCGCCUGAUGUAACUGUAUGUGCAUGAAAAAUUUACAGAAAAAUUAUCUAUCUAGGGAUAUACGUAGGCCUUCAUCUGGACAUCUCUUCUCUAUUGGCAUAUAGUUUUUAGCCUUGUAAUCUCCAUUCAAUGUAAUUUCCUGACAGAAUUUUAAUUAUAUACCUUCAAACAUUACAUAUUCACUCUAACUGGAUGUUUUUAGUUAUAUACACAACUCAUUUCUGAAUUUAUACCAACAUCUGAAGGUCAACCAGUGUAUAACACAUACGAUACCCUUUAGCUAGAGUAGGAACUAAAAGGUUUUUAAUCAUUGGCUAAAAUAGCCAAUUUAGGAAAGACAUUCAAAACCCAAAACUUCUAAAAGUAUUUGCCACAUUUUCCCAUGCCUAUUUAAUAAACCCCAAACUUUUGUAGGAUUUCUGGUAUUUUUAAGACUUACUUCCCUUGGCACUGCAAUACACCAGUCCACACAGAUUACUAGUCUCCAUGAAACAGAAUCUGCCUCCUAGUUCUCGAUUGUUCAAUUUAUGCUAGGACAAAAGCAUGAAUGGAUCAACUUAUUAACCAUCAAAGAAUUUUAAAACAAAAAAUAUCCUAUUGUUUAACUGUCUGUAUUCCUUCCAUUUAGUUAUAUCUGAAUUACUGAACACUUUAUCAUCAAGCGGUACCUAGUCUAACUUAUUUUUCUUUUGCUAUUUUACAAGUAUUUUUAAACUCUAAUAUUCAUCUUUGGUGAUGUUUAAAACAAGGUGCUUUCUUUCAGGUUUCAAUAUAAAAGUUCUUGGCUUAUAUGGGUGCUAAUUCCUUGCUUGGUCCUUUAUUGGCUAUUUUAAGUUGGUUUGUAAUUUCCAAAGGCUUAUGUUGACAGCAAUAAAAUGAUUGGUAUGCUUCCA